GGAACAUGUGCAUCCUGUCCAAACAGAACUGAAUCUGGAAGGCCAGGGACACGCACGUCUGCAGACUUGCUCAGGGGUUCACACUUGGUGCUCAGACAAAUUCAAAAUGAGGAAACACCGGCACCUGCCCUUAGUGGCCGUCUUGUGCCUCUUUCUCUCAGGCUUUUCCAUGACUCAUGGCCAACAACAAGCAGAUGUCAAAAAUGGUGCUGCUGCCGAUAUAAUAUUUCUAGUGGAUUCCUCUUGGAGCAUUGGAAAGGAACAUUUCCAACUUGUUCGAGAGUUUCUGUAUGAUGUUAUACAAUCUUUAGCUGUGGGAGAAAAUGAUUUCCAUUUUGCCCUGGUCCAGUUCAACGGAAACCCACAUACCGAGUUCCUGUUAAAUACGUAUCACACUAAACAAGAAGUCCUUUCCCAUAUUUCCAACAUGUCUUAUAUUGGGGGAAGCAAUGAGACUGGAAAAGGAUUAGAAUACGUAAUUCAAAAUCACCUGUCUGAGGCUGCUGGAAGCCGGGCCAGUGAUGGAGUCCCUCAGGUUAUCGUAGUGUUGACCGAUGGACACUCGGAGGGCGGCCUCACCCUGCCCUCAGCGGGACUUAAAUCUGCUGGCGUUAACGUGUUUGCAGUUGGAGUUGAGGAUGCAGAUGAAGGAGCCUUAAAAGAAAUAGCAAGUGAACCACUCAAUAUGCAUGUUUUCAACCUAGAGAAUUUUACCUCCCUUCAUGACAUAGUAGGAAACUUAGUGUCCUGUGUGCAUUCAUCCGUGAGUCCAGAAAGGGCUGGGGACACGGAAAGCCUUAAAGACAUCACAGCACAAGACUCUGCUGACAUUAUUUUCCUUAUUGAUGGAUCAAACAACACCGGAAGUGUCCAUUUCGCACUCCUUCGUGACUUCCUUGUAAAUCUCCUUGAGAGACUCUCAGUUGGAACUCAGCAGAUCCGAGUGGGGGUGGUCCAGUACAGUGAUGAACCCAGAACCAUGUUCUCCUUGGAUACCUACUCCACCAAGGCUCAGGUUCUGGAUGCAGUGAAAGCCCUUGGCUUCGCUGGUGGGGAGUUGGCCAAUAUCGGCCUUGCCCUUGAUUUUGUAGUGGAGAAUCACUUCACCCGGGCAGGGGGCAGCCGAGUGGAGGAAGGGGUUCCCCAGGUGCUGGUCCUCAUAAGUGCUGGGCCUUCUAGUGACGAGAUUCGUGACGGGGUGGUGGCGCUGAAGCAGGCUAGCGUGUUCUCGUUUGGCCUCGGAGCCCAGGCCGCCUCCAGGGCAGAGCUGCAGCACAUAGCUACCGAUGACAACUUGGUGUUUACUGUCCCGGAAUUCCGUAGCUUUGGGGACCUCCAGGAGCAAUUACUGCCGUACCUUGUUGGCGUGGCCCAAAGGCACAUUGUCUUGCAACCGCCAACCAUUGUCACCCAAGUCAUUGAAGUCAACAAGAGGGACAUAGUCUUCCUGGUGGAUGGCUCGUCCGCAUUGGGACUGGAAAACUUCGUUGCUAUCCGAGAAUUCAUUGCCAGAGUCAUCCAGAGGCUGGAAAUCGGACAGGAUCUUGUUCAAGUGGCGGUAGCUCAGUACGCGGACACCGUGAAGCCCGAGUUCUAUUUCAAUAGCUACUCAAACAAAAAGGAGGUCAUAACCGCUGUGCGGAGAAUGAAACCGCUGGAUCGCUCGGGCCUCUACACGGGCUCCGCUCUGGACUUCGUUCGGAACAACCUUUUCACUAGCUCGGCCGGCUACCGGGCCGCCGAGGGCGUCCCUAAGCUUUUGGUGCUGAUCACAGGUGGGAAGUCCCUCGAUGAGAUCAGCCAGCCUGCGCAGGAGCUGAAGAGGAGCAGCAUCAUGGCCUUUGCCAUGGGGAGCAAGGCCGCCGACCCCGCCGAGCUCAGCGAGAUCGCCUUCGAUUCCUCCCUGGUGUUCGUCCCCGCCGACUUCCAAACCGCCUCUCUGCAAGGCGUUCUCCCCAGCGUGCUGGCGCCCCUCAGGACCCUCUCCGGAACCCCUGAAGUUCACGUAAACAAAAGGGAUAUCAUCUUUCUCUUGGAUGGAUCAGUCAACGUUGGAAAAGCCAAUUUCCCUUAUGUGCGUGACUUUGUAAUGAACCUAGUUAACAGCCUUGAUGUUGGAAAUGACAAUAUUCGUGUUGGUUUAGUACAAUUUAGUGACACUCCAGUAACAGAGUUCUCUCUAAACACAUACCAGACAAAGUCAGAUUUGCUUGGUCACCUGAGGCAGUUGCAGCCCAAGGGGGGUUUGGGCCUGAACACUGGCUCAGCCCUAAGCUAUGUGCAUGCCAACCACUUCACCGAAGCUGGCGGCAGCAGGAUCCGUGAACACGUGCCGCAGAUCCUUCUCCUGCUCACAGCUGGGCAGUCUGAGGACUCGUAUUUGCAAGCUGCCAACGCGCUGGCACGCGUGGGUGUCCUGACCUUUUGUGUGGGAGCCAGCCAGGCGAAUAAGGCAGAGCUCGAGCAGAUUGCUUUUAACCCAAGCCUGGUGUACCUCAUGGACGAUUUCAGCUCCCUGCCGGCUCUGCCUCAGCAGCUGAUGCAGCCCCUAACCACAUAUGUUAGUGGAGGUGUGGAGGAAGUCCCACUCGCCCAGCCAGAGAGCAAGCGAGACAUUCUUUUCCUCUUUGAUGGCUCAGCCAAUCUCGUGGGCCAGUUUCCUGCUGUCCGUGACUUUCUCUACAAGAUUAUCGACGAGCUCGAUGUGAAGCCAGAUGGCACCCGCAUUGCAGUGGCUCAGUACAGCGAUGAUGUCAGGGUGGAGUCCCGUUUCAAUGAACAUCAGACGAAGCCUGAGAUCCUGAAUCUUGUGAAGAGAAUGAAGAUCAAGACAGGCAAAGCCCUCAACCUGGGCUACGCCCUGGACUAUGCACAGAGGUACAUCUUUGUGAAGUCUGCCGGCAGCCGGAUCGAGGAUGGGGUGGUUCAGUUCCUGGUGCUGCUGGUUGCGGGGAGGUCGUCGGACUCUGUGGGUGGCCCAGCCAGCAACCUGAAGCAGAGCGGGGUGGUGCCCUUCAUCUUCCAAGCCAAGAAUGCGGACUCUGCUGAGUUAGAGCAGAUAGUGCCGUCCCCAGCGUUUAUUCUGGCCGCCGAGUCGCUUCCCAAGAUCGGAAAUCUUCAACCACAGAUCGUGAAUCUCUUGAAAUCGGUGCACAACGGAGUGCCAGCACCAGUUUCAGGAGAAAAGGACGUGGUGUUUCUGAUCGAUAGUUCUGAGGGUGUCAGGAGCGGCUUCCCUCUGUUGAAAGAGUUUGUCCAGAGAGUGGUGGAGAGUCUGGACGUGGGUCCUGACCGGGUCCGCGUGGCCGUGGUGCAGUACAGCGACCGGACCAGGCCCGAGUUCUACCUGAAUUCAUACAUGGACCAGCAGGGUGUCAUCGGCGCCGUCCGUGGGCUGACCCUGCUGGGAGGGCCGACCCCCAACACCGGGGCCGCCCUGGACUUUGUCCUGAGGAACAUCCUGAUCAGCUCUGCAGGAAGCAGGAUAGCAGAAGGCGUCCCCCAGCUCCUGAUCGUGCUCACGGCCGACAGGUCUGGGGACGACGUGAGGGGCCCCUCUGUGGUCCUGAAGAGAGGAGGCGCAGUGCCCAUCGGUAUUGGCAUCGGGAACGCCGACAUCACGGAGAUGCAGACCAUCUCCUUCAUCCCGGACUUCGCUGUGGCCAUCCCCACCUUCCGCCAGCUGGGGACCGUCCAGCAGGUCAUCUCCGAGAGGGUGACCCAGCUCAGCCGUGAAGAGCUGAGCAGGUUGCAGCCAGUUCUGCUCCCUCCAACAAGCCCAGGUGUUAGUGGCAAGAAGGACGUGGUCUUCCUCAUCGAUGGGUCCCAGAACGCUGCCCCUGAGUUUCAGUACAUCCGCACCCUCAUCGAGAGACUGGUGGACUACCUGGACGUGGGCUUCGACACGACCCGGGUGGCGGUCAUCCAGUUCAGCGAGAGCCCCCGGGUGGAGUUUCUGCUGAACGCCCACUCCAGCAAGGACGAGGUGCAGAACGCGGUGCGGCGGCUGAGACCCACGGGAGGGAGGCAGAUCAACGUCGGGGGUGCCCUGGAGUACGUGUCCAGGAACAUCUUCAAGAGGCCCCUGGGGAGUCGGAUUGAAGAGGGUGUCCCUCAGUUCCUGGUCCUCAUCUUGUCCGGGAAGUCUGACGACGAGGUGGAUGAGCCAGCCGUGGAGCUGAAGCAGUUCGGUGUGGCACCUUUCGCGAUAGCCAGGAACGCGGACCAGGAGGAGAUGGUGAAGAUCUCUCUGAGCCCUGAGUAUGUGUUCUCGGUGAGCACCUUCAGGGAGCUGCCCAGCCUGGAGCAGAAGCUGCUGACCCCCAUCAGCACCCUCACCUCGGAGCAGAUACAGCGCAUCCUGGCGACCAUGCGCUACCCUCCCCCAGCUGUUGAGAGUGAUGCUGCAGACAUUGUUUUUCUAAUCGACAGCUCUGAUGGCGUUAGGCCCGACGGCAUUGCACAUAUUCGAGAUUUUGUUAGCAGGAUUGUUCGAAGACUCAACAUUGGCCCCAAUAAAGUGAGAGUUGGGAUUGUGCAGUUCAGCAAUGACGUCUUCCCAGAGUUCUACCUGAAGACCUAUAAGUCCCAGGCCCCUGUGCUGGAUGCUAUCAGGCGCCUCAGGUUCAAAGGCGGGUCUCCACUGAACACCGGCAAAGCUCUGGAAUUCGUGGCAAGAAAUUUCUUUGUUAAGUCUGCUGGGAGCCGGAUAGAAGAUGGGGUACCCCAACACCUGGUCCUGUUUCUGGGUGGAAAAUCCCAGGAUGAUGUUUCCAAGUUUGCACAGGUGAUAAGUUCCUCAGGGAUUGUGAGUUUAGGAGUAGGAGACCGGAACAUGGACAGAACAGAGUUGCAGACCAUCACCAACAACCCCAGACUGGUCUUCACGGUGAGAGAGUUCAGAGAGCUUCCCAACAUAGAAGAAAGGGUCAUGAACUCGUUUGGACCCUCUGGAGCCACUCCUGCACCUCCAGGAGUGGACAUCCCUUCUCUUUCACGGCCAGAGAAGAAGAAAGCAGACAUUGUGUUCCUGUUGGAUGGUUCCAUCAACUUCAGGAGGGACAGUUUCCAGGAAGUUCUCCGUUUCGCGUCCGAAAUUGUGGACACGGUUUAUGAAGAGGGUGAUUCCAUCCAAGUAGGGCUGGUCCAGUACAACUCCGACCCCACAGACGAAUUCUUCCUGAAGGACUUUUCCACCAAGAGGCAGAUUAUUGAUGCCAUCAACAAAGUGGUCUACAAAGGGGGGAGACACGCGAACACCAAGGUGGGCCUCGAGCACCUGCGGCUGAACCACUUCGUGCCCGAGGCAGGCAGCCGCCUGGACCAGCGGGUUCCCCAGAUCGCCUUCGUGAUCACGGGAGGCAAGUCGGCAGAGGAUGCUCAGGACGUGAGCCUGGCACUCACCCAGAAAGGCGUCAAAGUGUUUGCAGUGGGCGUGAGGAACAUCGACUCCGAGGAGGUGGGAAAGAUCGCCUCCAACAGUGCCACGGCGUUCCGGGUGGGGAAUGUGCAGGAGCUGUCGGAACUGAGCGAGCAAGUUUUGGAAACUUUGCAUGAUGCAAUGCACGAAACCUUGUGUCCUGGUGUGACGGAUGUUUCCAAAGGUAGUCCCUUUGUGGUCAUUCAUUUUACUGACGGUGUGGAUGGAGAUCUGGCAGAAUUACACAGAGCUUCUGAGGAACUGCGUCAAGAAGGUGUCCAUGCUCUGAUCUUGGUGGGCCUGGAGCGAGUAGCCAUCCUGGAGCGGCUGACGCAACUGGAGUUCGGCCGCGGGUUCAUGUACGACAAGCCCCUCAGGCUUAACCUGCUGGACUUGGAUUACGAACUAGCAGAGCAGCUCGACAACAUUGCUGAGAAAGCUUGCUGUGGGGUUCCCUGCAAGUGCUCUGGACAAAGGGGAGACCGCGGGCCCAUUGGCACCAUCGGGCCAAAGGGUGUUUCCGGCGAAGACGGCUACCGAGGGUACCCUGGCGACGAGGGCGGACCUGGCGAGCGAGGCCCACCUGGUGUGAACGGCACUCAAGGUUUCCAGGGCUGCCCUGGCCAGAGAGGGAUAAAGGGCUCUCGAGGAUUCCCAGGAGAAAAGGGUGAAUUGGGGGAAAUUGGACUGGAUGGUCUUGAUGGUGAAGACGGAGACAAAGGAUUGCCUGGAUCGUCUGGAGAGAAGGGGAGUCCUGGAAGAAGGGGUGACAAAGGACCUAAAGGAGACAAAGGAGAAAGAGGAGAUGUUGGAAUUCGAGGUGACCCGGGUGAGUCAGGACAGGACGGCCAGCAGAGUGGACCCAAAGGAGAAGCCGGUGACAUUGGCCCCAUGGGUCUCUCAGGGAGCGAUGGAUUACCUGGAAGUCCUGGAGAAACUGGAAAGAACGGCGGCUAUGGCCGAAGGGGACCACCAGGAGCUAAGGGCAACAAGGGUGGUCCAGGCCCUCAGGGCUUCGAGGGAGAGCAGGGGACCCGAGGCGCACAGGGUCCACCUGGUCCCACUGGUCCUCCAGGCCUGAUAGGAGAACAAGGCAUUCCUGGGUCCCGGGGAAGUGGAGGUACGGCUGGUGCUCCUGGAGAACGCGGCAGAGUGGGUCCCCUAGGAAGAAAGGGUGAGCCUGGAGAGGCAGGAACAAAGGGAGGAAUUGGGAGCCGCGGCCCUCGUGGGGAGACGGGAGAUGAUGGGCGAGAUGGAGUUGGCAGUGAAGGACGCAGAGGCAAAAAAGGAGAAAGAGGAUUCCCUGGAUACCCAGGACCAAAGGGUACCUCUGGCGAGCCUGGGCCGGGCGGGUCACCGGGACCCAAAGGCAUCCGAGGCCGAAGGGGAAAUUCAGGACCUCCGGGGGCAGUUGGACAGAAGGGAGACCCUGGCUACCCGGGACCGUCUGGUCACAAAGGCAACAGAGGCGACUCCAUAGACCAAUGUGGCCUCGUCCAAAGCAUCAAAGACAAAUGUCCUUGCUGCUAUGGGCCCCUGGAAUGCCCCGUCUUCCCGACAGAACUAGCCUUUGCUUUAGACACCUCCGAGGGGGUCACCCCAGACAUGUUUAGCCGGAUGAGAGAUGUGCUCUUGAGCAUUGUGGGCGACUUGACCGUUGCCGAGAGCAACUGCCCGCGGGGGGCCCGAGUGGCUGUGGUCACCUACAACAACGAGGUGACCACGGAGAUCCGCUUUGCUGACUCCAAGAAGAAGUCCGCCCUCUUGGAGAAGAUUAAGAACCUUCAGCUGUCUCUGACGUCCAAGCAGCAGAGUCUGGAAACUGCCAUGUCGUUCGUGGCCAGAAACACAUUUAAGCGAGUGAGGAAUGGAUUCCUGAUGAGGAAAGUGGCCAUUUUCUUCAGCACUAAGCCCACAAGGGCAUCCCCACAGCUCAGAGAGGCCGUGCUCAAGCUCUCAGAUGCAGGGAUCACGCCUUUGUUCCUGACGAGCCAGGAGGACCGGCAGCUCAUCAACGCCUUGCAGAUCAACAACACGGCGGUUGGGCAUGCUCUCGUCCUGCCCGCGGGGGGAGACCUCACCAACUUCCUGAAGAACGUCCUUACUUGUCACGUUUGCUUGGACAUCUGCAACAUUGACCCAUCCUGUGGAUUUGGCAGCUGGAGGCCUGCCUUCAGGGAUAGGAGAGCGGCCGGCAGCGAUGUGGACAUCGAUAUGGCUUUCAUCUUAGACAGCGCUGAGACCACCAGUCUGUUCCAGUUCAAUGAGAUGAAGAAGUUCAUAGGGUACCUGGUCAGACAACUGGACGUGAGUCCAGACCCCAAGGCCUCCCAGCACUUUGCCAGAGUGGCCGUGGUGCAGCAGGCACCCUACGCGUCCGUGGGCAAUGCCAGCGUGCCGCCUGUGAAGGUGGAGUUCUCCCUGACCGACUACGGCUCCAAGGGGAAGCUGGUGGACUUCCUCAGCAGCGGAAUGACGCAGCUGCAGGGAACCAGGGCCCUGGGCAGUGCCAUUGACUACACCAUAGAGAACAUCUUUGAAAGUGCACCAAACCCCCGGGACCUGAAAGUUGUGGUUCUGAUGCUGACGGGCGAGGUGCAGAAGCAGCAGCUGGAGGAGGCCCAGAAAGCUGUCUUGCAGGCCAAGUGCAAAGGCUACUUCUUUGUGGUUCUGGGCAUCGGCAGGAAGGUGAACAUCAAGGAGGUGUAUGGCUUUGCCAGCGAGCCCAACGACGUCUUCUUCAAGCUAGUGGACAAGUCGACCGAGCUCAACGAAGAGCCUUUGAUGCGCUUCGGGAGGCUGUUACCAUCUUUUGUGGGCAGUGAAAAUGCUUUUUACUUGUCUCCAGAUAUCAGGAAACAGUGUGAUUGGUUCCAAGGGGACCAACCAGCAAAGAAUCCUGUGAAGUUUGGUCACAAACAAAUAAAUGCUCCAAAUAAUGUUACUUCAAGUCCUACAUCCAAACCAGUGACCACAACGAAGCCAGUGACCACAAAAGAACCAGUGACCACCACUACAAAACCAGUAACUAUCGUAAAUCUGCCCUCCGCAAAGCCAGCUGCUGCCAAGCCUGUGGCCACAAAGAUGGCCACAGUCAGACCUGCAGUGGCUGUGAAGCCAGCAGCAGUGGUGAAGCCAGUGGCAGCAAAUCCUGCACCAGCAGCUGUAAGACCCCCCGCCACCACCACUGCUGCAAAACCAGUGGCCACCAAGCCUGAGGCCCCCAGGUCACAGGCAGCCAAACCAGGCACCGCCAAGUCAGUCCUUGCUAAGCCUCUGGUUAAGGCAUCCCGAGAAAUUCAGGUGUCUGAGGUCACAGAGAGCAGCGCCAAGCUCCACUGGGAGAGGCCCGAGCCCCCCAGUCCUUAUUUUUAUGACCUCACCGUCACCUCGGCCCACGAUCAGUCCCUGGUUCUGAAGCAGAACCUCACAGUCACGGACCGUGUCAUCGGGGGUCUGAUCCCCGGGCAGACGUACCAUGUCAUGGUGGUCUGCUACCUGAGGACCCAUAUCAGAGCCACCUACCAAGGAAGCUUCAGUACAAAGAAAACUCAGCCUCCACCUGCACAGUCAGCAAGGUUAGCUUCCAGUGCAACCAUCAAUCUCAUGGUGAACACAGAACCACUGGCUCUUACUGAAACAGAUAUAUGUAAGUUGCCAAAAGAAGAAGGAACUUGCAGGGAUUUCAUAUUAAAAUGGUACUAUGAUCCGGAGACCAAAAGCUGUGCAAGAUUCUGGUACGGAGGCUGUGGUGGAAAUGAAAACAAAUUUGAAUCACAGAAAGAAUGUGAAAAGGUCUGCGCUCCUGUGCUCGCCAAACCUGGAGUCAUCAAUGUGAUCGGAACCUAAGCGCGGCUGGCCAGCAACACAUACCUCUUGAAGAAGGAGUCAGCCAUUUCCCAGUUGUCUUUGUAGAAGCUCUGGGUCGAGAUCCCCUUGCACUGUACCAUUUCCUGCUUUGAUUUACACUCGAUCUCGGGAGGAAACGUUCUGCCGCAUGACCUAUCAAUAUGGUGCUAAGUGUGUCUGUGGACCCAUGGCUCUUUGUCUCCAGGCAGUUAUAUCGUAUACUUCGAACGUUGUGUAAUAGUUAUCCACUGCUGGUGUUUAUGUGAACAUGUCUAUAAAUUCAAAUUCCCUCUGGAGUUUUAUGUUAUGCCGGUCUCAGGCAAAUGUAAGAUCUAGAAAAUAACGCCAAACGUCACAGCUACUCUAUAUACUUUCGCUUGGUUCAUUUUUUUCCCCUCUUAAUUUAGCAUGACUUUAGAUGGAAAGCCUGUGUAUGGUGGAGACACAAGAACCCAACUUCUUCCUUUCCCCCCAACUUCCCCCUAAUUUCCUUUCCAAUUAGAUUUCAAGCUAAUUUUCCUUUUCUAAAGCCUCGAACGAAUGCUCUAGUUAGGAGCAAGCAAAAUCCCUUAAUCUUCGCGCACUGUUGGGACCAAUGCCUUAAUUAAAGAAUGAAAAGAAAGUCAUAAUAGAGAAUAUUUUUGGCAUUCCUCUAAUGUUGUGUGUGUGGUUUUUUUUUUUUUGUGCGGGGGUUGGGGUUUAAUUUUAAUUUUAAAAUUUUUAGGAAAUUUAUACAAAGAAACUUUUUAAUAAAGUAUAUUGAAAGUGUCA